AUGGUAGAGAAAAACCAGAGUGUGGUCAAGAGGUGUUCAGAGGAGCUGGAUAGCCCAACCUUCCAGAUUAACUCUGAACAUUUAGCCCUGAGGUCUGUUGGCAUCAAAAGAGAGAAGAAGAAGAAUGGCCUUCGUUUAACUGAGAGUGCCCUGUCUGCCAUGGAAGAGCUAGUCACUGUGUCCUGUGAAGAAGUAGACGGCUGCCCUGUCAUUCUGGUUUGUGGCUCUCAGGACGUUGGAAAGUCAACAUUUAAUAGAUACCUGAUUAACCAGUUGCUAAAUAGUAUUUCCUGUGUUGACUAUUUGGAAUGUGAUCUGGGACAGACAGAAUUUACGCCUCCAGGUUGCAUUUCCUUACUUAAUAUUACAGAACCAAUUCUAGGACCACCUUUUACUCACCAGAGGACACCGCAGAAAAUGGUAUAUUAUGGGAAACCUUCUUGUAAAAACAACUAUGAGAAUUAUAUUGAGAUAAUACAGUACGUGUUCAGCUCCUACAAGAGAGAGGCCCCUCUCAUCGUCAACACGAUGGGCUGGGUGUCAGACAAGGGGCUUCUGCUUCUCAUCGAUCUCAUCCGGCUGCUGUCUCCCAGCCACGUGGUCCAGUUCAGUUCCGGGCGGAGUAAGUACAUGCCGAACCUCACUCCUGACUAUGUAGACGACAUGGACGGCCUGUACACAAAGAGCAAGUCCAGAAUCCGGAACAGAGGUUUCCAGCUGGCGGAGUUUACAGAGUGUUUGGAAUUUGCCGAUGAAGAAAAGGAGAGUCCCGUUGUGUUCACUGGACAUAAGCUGAUUUGCGUCCAGUCAGACUUUGCAUUUAGAAAAACGCCAAGAAACAGAGAGUCGCAUAACAAAGUUCUUCGUGAUCUGGCGGUACUGGGUUACCUCGGCCAGCUGCAGCCCCCGGUGCCAAAACCACUUUGUCCUUUACAUGGUCUGACACCCUAUCAGGUCCCUUUCAAUGCAGUUGCUCUCCGAAUCACUCACGCUGACGUCGCUCCUACCCAUAUAUUGUAUGCUGUGAACGCCAGCUGGGUUGGUCUUUGCAAGAUCCUAGAUGAUGUUAGAGGGUACGCAAAUGGACCAAUCCUGCUCGCCCAGACUCCAAUCUGUGAUUGUUUGGGAUUUGGAAUUUGUAGAGGGAUCGACAUGGAGAAGCGGCUGUACCACAUCCUCACUCCUGUGCCCCCAGAAGAGCUAAGAAAUGUGAAUUGCCUAUUGGUCGGAGCCAUUUCCAUUCCGCAGUGUGUCUUCAAGAGCCAGCGUGGGCUUGAAGGGACAAUACCUUACGUCACAACAGAUUAUAAUUCUAAACUUCCUGGAGCAUCAGAGAAAAUUGGAGCAAGAGAAACCGAGGAGACACGUGAAGAGAAAGUACACCCAAAACCUAAGCUCUAUCGAAAAAUAAACUGA